CAGGCUCUUUCUCCGGGAAGCGAACCCCGGGCGCUCCCGCGGAGCUCUGCCCCAGCGGCGCCGAGGGGAUAAGGAUGAGACACCGCCUCUGCCGCGCUGAGCGGCUGUUCAGCACCGGGGACAGCGACCGUGGCAGCGCUAUAGAGGUCCGCGCCUGCGGAGCGCCCGCGCCCCUGGAGUGAGACGGACCCGGCCCCGACGCGCACAUGUUGAGAAACAGCAAUUAUAAAAACAUGCAUCGCAGGCACACAACCCUUCGGGAGAAGGGCCGGAGGCAGGCCAUCCGGGGCCCAGCCUACAUGUUCAAUGAGAAAGGCACCAGCCUGACUGCAGAAGAAGAACGCUUUCUCGAUUCCGCAGAAUAUGGCAACAUUCCGGUCGUGCGAAAAAUGCUGGAGGAAUCCAAAACCUUGAACUUCAAUUGUGUCGAUUAUAUGGGACAAAACGCCCUUCAGUUAGCUGUAGGGAAUGAGCAUCUGGAAGUGACAGAGCUCCUCCUCAAAAAGGAGAAUCUUGCUCGGGUUGGAGAUGCGCUUUUGUUAGCCAUCAGUAAAGGAUACGUGCGCAUUGUAGAAGCAAUAUUGAACCAUCCAGCCUUUGCACAAGGACAGCGUCUCACACUCAGCCCCCUUGAGCAGGAACUGAGAGAUGAUGAUUUUUAUGCUUACGAUGAAGAUGGAACUCGGUUCUCCCAUGACAUUACCCCUAUCAUACUUGCUGCCCACUGCCAGGAGUAUGAAAUAGUUCACAUCUUGCUUCUAAAAGGCGCACGGAUUGAAAGGCCACAUGACUAUUUUUGCAAGUGCAAUGAAUGUAUUGAGAAGCAGAGGAAAGAUUCCUUUAGUCACUCUCGAUCGAGAAUGAAUGCCUACAAAGGAUUAGCCAGUGCUGCUUAUUUGUCUCUUUCCAGUGAAGACCCUGUCCUUACUGCUUUAGAGCUAAGCAAUGAAUUGGCCAGACUAGCCAACAUUGAAACUGAAUUUAAGAAUGACUAUAGGAAGCUAUCUAUGCAAUGCAAGGACUUUGUUGUGGGGGUGCUGGACCUCUGCAGAGACACUGAAGAAGUAGAGGCUAUUCUGAAUGGAGAUGUGAACAUACCUUUGUACCCUGAGCAUCACCGGCCAAGUCUGAGCAGGAUUAAACUUGCUAUUAAAUACGAGGUCAAAAAGUUUGUUGCUCAUCCCAACUGCCAGCAGCAAUUGCUCACCAUGUGGUAUGAAAACCUCUCAGGCUUACGGCAACAAUCUAUAGCCGUGAAGUUCUUGGCCGUCUUUGGGGUCUCCAUUGGCCUGCCCUUCCUUGCCAUAGCCUACUGGAUUGCUCCCUGCAGCAAGCUGGGACGGACCCUCCGAAGUCCUUUCAUGAAGUUUGUGGCACAUGCAGUUUCUUUCACAAUCUUCCUUGGACUCUUAGUAGUGAAUGCAUCAGAUCGAUUUGAAGGAGUGAAAAAUCUCCCCAAUGAGACCAUCACGGAUCAUCCAAAACAAAUAUUUAGAGUCAAAACAACUCAGUUCUCAUGGACAGAAUUGCUGAUCAUGAAGUGGGUAUUGGGCAUGAUAUGGUCAGAGUGCAAGGAGAUCUGGGAAGAGGGUCCACGCGAAUACGUGGUGCAUCUCUGGAACCUGCUGGACUUUGGGAUGCUGUCCAUCUUCGUGGCAUCAUUCACUGCCAGGUUCAUGGCUUUUCUCAAAGCAACUGAAGCACAACAGUACGUAGAUCAGUACGUUCAAGACGAUGACCUCAAUAAUGUCACCCUUCCCCCUGAAGUUGCUUAUUUUACUUAUGCCAGGAACAAGUGGCUUCCCUCGGAUCCUCAGAUCAUUUCAGAAGGACUGUAUGCAAUAGCUGUGGUACUCAGCUUCUCCCGCAUUGCUUACAUUCUUCCAGCCAACGAAAGCUUCGGCCCCCUGCAGAUCUCUUUGGGAAGGACUGUGAAGGAUAUCUUCAAGUUCAUGGUCAUCUUCAUCAUGGUGUUCCUGGCCUUUAUGAUUGGAAUGUUCAAUCUUUACUCCUACUACCUUGGUGCAAAAUACAACCCUGCGUUUACAACGGUAGAAGAAAGUUUUAAAACCUUAUUCUGGUCAAUAUUUGGCUUAUCUGAAGUGAUAUCUGUGGUGCUGAAGUAUGACCAUAAAUUCAUUGAGAAUAUUGGAUAUGUACUCUAUGGAGUAUAUAACGUGACUAUGGUGGUGGUGCUGCUUAAUAUGCUAAUAGCCAUGAUCAACAACUCCUAUCAGGAAAUUGAGGAGGAUGCGGAUGUGGAGUGGAAGUUUGCACGUGCCAAGCUUUGGCUAUCCUACUUUGACGAAGGAAGGACUUUACCUGCUCCUUUUAAUCUAGUGCCAAGCCCUAAAUCAUUUUAUUAUCUCAUACUGAGAAUAAAAAUGUGCCUCAUAAAACUCUGCAAAUCUAAGGCCAAAAACUGUGAAAAUGAUCUUGAGAUGGGGAUGCUGAAUUCCAAACAACGGAAAGUUCGUUUUCACUCUAGCUCUCAAAAUGCAGACUAUUUUUCUGGGAAGAAUGCUUAUAACAAGCCCACAAGAUAUCAGGUGACCACCCUACCUCCCUCGGGAUUCUACUACCUUGGCCAUCUUCAACACACCAAAAUAAUGAAGCGCCUGAUUAAGCGGUAUGUCCUGAAGGCUCAGGUUGACAGAGAAAAUGAUGAAGUCAAUGAAGGAGAACUUAAAGAGAUUAAGCAAGAUAUUUCUAGUCUCCGCUAUGAACUCUUGGAGGAAAAGUCACAAGCUACUGAUGAGCUGGCAAGACUAAUACAGCAGCUGAGCGACAAAUUUGGGAAGACCUUAAACAAGGACAUCUGAUGGUGAAAACAGAGAAAGGCAACUGGUUUUCUAAACACUUUUCAGUCUCAACCAGCAUAUUAGGAGAGCAAAAACCGUAUAAAAGAUGGGUACUGCACACUCAACUUUUGCUAACUACCAAGUAUUGGUAGGAGCACUUUGCAUUACUGCUGUGCUUGGUGAGUUAUUGCCAGUUAAAUCUUUUAUGAUACAAAAGGUGACUUACUGGUAAAAAUGUAUUCCCUUUGGCAUCAGAAAUAGAUGCACCAUAGGGAAGGCACCUCUAGUUAAAGGCAAAAAAGCCAGAUCUUCACCUAUUUGACUGUAGCGAAGACAACGUAACUGUGCUCAUUUAUACCAACUGGGACUGUACUGACCAGAAUUGGGUGAAGUCUGAAGAAAAAAUGUGCUAAGCAUACUAUCAAAAAUGUCAAAAAUUCCUAUCCUUAAGUGUGUACUCCCCUUUUAUGUUUACAUGGGCAUCCAUGAAGAUAACUUUGAACUGUGGUUAAUGAAAAACAAGUGAGAAGUAAACUGCUGAACUGACCACUGCAACGUAGGGCAGGUAGAGAUCAUCUACUUUUGAUGUAGACGGAUGACAGCAUUGGAAAAAAUGAAUGGAGCUUGUUGGGUAAAGCAUCCUUUCACCCCUCUGCUAGAACCUGACCAAAUGAUUCCCAACCCAAAACUCCUGUUCCCCUUUUCCAGCUAUAUUAUCCUUAGACGACCCCAGCUUCCACAACAGUGUACUGAAAUAUUCAUAAUGAUGUGCAACUCACUUCCCAGGAAUACCCAGAAAUCACAUUUACUGUGCUAAUGUAUUCAGUUCAAGGAAUGGCAGUUGUUCAGUGACAGUGAUGCAACUGAGCUCAGCUUUCAGAUUCCGGAGGUCAAACAGCAAGCCAUAGGGUCAGAUACAUCAUGGAAAACAGAGCCCACUAGUUUCAAACCUUUAAAUCUAUACAAAAAGGCUUCAAUUCCACUGAGAACAUUCUGACAAAAAGAAGAAAUAAAGAAGAAUAAAGGAAAAAUCAUUGUGGAAAUUUUUGUCUUACAUGUUUGGCUCUUACAGAGGACGAAGAAGGAAAUAAAACUGUUUUAAAGGCUGAAGUAAUACUUGGAUUGUACUGUUACAACUGGAAAGUAAUGAGUAUGUGCAACACAACUGCAAACUUGGAUUGCUUGGGUUUUUACAUUUAGCUACAUGACUUCAACUACUUAAAGAACACCUUACUACUUGGGAACCACUGAACUGUACUGUUUGUUUACAAGAGACACCUAUAAGAUGAACAUUACAUUUAGGCAUCAGCUAAGGAAAACAAGCAGAGCCAUGAACGUGGCCCGUGAUCAGUUUUAAGUGCCAGAUGAGAAUACAGAUAGCCUAAUAGAAUAAGUUAUAUUUGUACAAAAACACACAAAAACCCCAAAAUAAAAAGUGUACUGUACGUAGAUCAGUUUAGAGAAAAGCAAAAUACUGUAUUUUUAACUUUAAUAAGAUUAUCUUGUAUACUGUAAUAUUUUUACCUAAAAAUGGGGAAAAAAAAUAAAAUAAAUUACUUCAUAAUAUUUUGUUGCACA